AAAAGCUCCUUUUUUGCCAUGACAGCUCAUUUUAUAGCCAUUUCGCAAUUGUAAUGCUUUCAUAAUGUGUCAAAUAUGAUAAAUCGACUCGUCGUAUUAUAUUUCUUCAACACAUUCACAGAAAACAAGUUCGGAAAAUAUCACAAUUGGACUUUUAGCUUUAAAAUUGCUAUGGGAAUCCUACCGUGACAUAUUUGUCAAAAUUUCAAUACGGCACUCAAUAAAUGUCACAGUAUCAAUAAUAUGCGUGUGUGUAAACAUGGACCCAUGUUUGUUCACUGAAAGAAACGUUUUACUAGCAUAAAACAGAUUGAAGACGCACGCACACACCACUUCCGUUUGAGACAUUUGUGCUGCCAUCGACAAGAUUGUAAGCUCCCCAGCCUUGUGAAAGAUGCUUCCUUUAUCGUGUCGCUGAUGCAAACAUGGAAGUGACGGGUGUCGCUUCGUGCUCUCAAGUCACUACAAAGAGGAAAUCGCUGUUGACAGAAUAAUAACUCGCUCGCUGAGGAUGUUCGCGCUGAGAGUCUGUGUUUUGAUCUUUCUGCUUGGCUUCGAAGACAUCAGCGGGCAGCCUGUUUUCUUCUCCAACGCGGGGGGUGUGGUCACCCUGCCCUGCGCCCAGCCUUCAUGCCUCACCCUCCAGUGGCUCUACAGCAGAGACGCCAGUAGGACGGUCCUGGAGGUGGACAGAGGUCAGGUGGUGCGGACCAAGCCUCGAGGCCGCCGUCUGAACGUGACGGACAACUGCUCUCUAGUGGUCGGCAAUGUGACUGGCGAGGAUGCGGGCUACUACACGUGUAGGACGCAGCGGGACAUCAACAUGUUCCUGACUGUCAUGACGCUGUCGUUUCCUGAGGACGCAGAUCCAAGCAGAGACGGUCACGUGACCCUCACGUGCACCCUGAGCAACUACGCGAGACAAUGUCCUCAGAAGAGUCUCCACUGGGUGGACGAGGAAGGAUUCCAGCUGCGCCCGGAAGGCGGCGCCGGACAUGAGUUUGUCCAGCAGCUGAACUGCGUGUCGUACAUCAAAGUGAAGCGUCAGCACGGUCACGACAGGAAGUACACGUGUCAGUAUUGGGAGGCUGGUGCCGUAAAGAUCCAAGCCGAGAGCACGCCGGCCUUCGCGGGUCGUCAACCUGGAGCUCCGCCCCCUGACCGCACCCAGCUCAUCAUCAUCAUCGGCGCUGCCGUCGGAACCUUGAUGCUGUUGGUCAUCCUAGCUGUCGCCGUCCUCGCCAAGACCAGACAGAAGAGACGCGCAACGGAGGAUUUACCAAAACAUGAUGAGAGCCAUGUGACCUACGCCAGUGUCUCUUACGACCUCGACAUGAAAAGCUCCGCCCACAAGGACGUAUCGGACAACGACGCAGCGAGCUCCAGCGUGACGUACGCUAUCGUUAGCCACAAAAAGCAGAAGGCUAGCUCGGAGAAGAACCAGGUCAGACAGGAGGAAGAGCAAGUGACCUACGCUGCCGUCAGGAAGACGGGCCAUGACGGUAGCAAAUAGAAAGAGGAAAUGAGUCAUCAUGUAAAAGUGUAGGACCGCCCCCAUGGCGCUGCCUCAUGAGACACACACUUAUGAGACGCAUCAUGUUAUUUAUUUUUGGCAAGAAGAAUCUUUGAUGCGGAUCAGACUUUGGAUGAUGGAAAAACUUUCAUAAGAUGUGCACAAUAAUCUUUGACCUGCUUUAUGGUCACCUGAUUGGCUGCCAAAUCAGCCAGGAUAAAAAUAACGCGGCGAUUACGUUAGACCGAGCCAACCGGCAAACAUUUCUUCCUUUUUAUGUCUUUAUUCUCAUUAAAGAAAAUGCUUUGCAGCCCAACAAACUGUUUGCUUUUCUGUCUACCGUUUCCUGUCCUUUGCUCCGUUUGCAGGCAAUUUGAUCUGCUGGAUGGGGGUGGAGCAACGAGGCACGCGAAUGCAAUCUGAAACCAACAUUCAUAAACCCUGCGGCCACACCAAGAAGAUGCCAGAUUUGGUUCCUCGUGUUGACCCGACUUCUCCAUUGUGUCACAACUUUCCUGUUUCCUUGUUUGCUUGCUACUAGCUUCCAUGCUAAGUCUUCUUUUUUGGUAUGUUCAGUCUUUCUCCGCCCUUCGCUAGCUUUUACUCAACUGUUGUUUCUCCAGCAUCUUCCUGGGCUGCCCUAAUUGCUCCGUUUACUCUUUGCUAUUGUUCCUCCGUUGUUCCCUGGCCUUUUAGUCACAUUGGAGUUCAUUAUUAUUAUUAGUUUCUACAUUUUUCUCUGAAUUGUUGUUGCUUUGGUUUCAGCAUGUUUUAUAUUACCAUAGAUUUAAGCAGUUUUUUUUAUUUUUUAUAUCUUCCAAAUAAUUUGUGACUCUCACGUCUGCGUGAGGGCCAAAAACCUAUAAGUCAUAGUGGAAGCAAAUCUUUGUUAAGCAUGAUUUCUAUUCGUUCCUAUACGACUACAUAGCAAAACAUUAUUAUAUAUAUCACUGAUUUGGAAAUCAUCACAGAGGAUUUAAUGUAUAUAUUUUUUAAUUGUUUUUAAUUUGAUAUGUACUGUGUGUAUAUUUAUGUAUUAUUUUUCUUGACAAACAAUUGGUGAAUUUCUGUCCAAAUAUCAGGAGCAUCAAUACCUUCAAGAGGAAAAAUCCUGUGUGAUGAUUGCAAACAACACAAAGGGCUCUCGAGCUAACCUCGCAUGCACGAGACAGCACAAAGUUUGUGGGGUGACGGGCAGAGGGUGGCGCCCACCCGUGGGGUCAGGUCCAGCUGGUCUUCCGAGACCCCCGGGGGAGGGGUGAAGUGGAAGUGCUGUAUGAGCGUGGCAAAGAAGAUGAAGAGCUCCAUCUUGGCCAGACUUUCUCCCAGGCAGACCCUGCGACCUGGACAAGGCACAAAGACACUUGAGGGGGAGGGGCACGUGAAGGGUGGCCACCCCCCUGCGGACAUGUCAAUCACCUGCAGAGAAAGGCAUGAAGGCAUCUCGCUUGACAAAGUUCCCGUCUUUGUCCAGGAAGUGGGCGGGAUGGAAGGAGUGCGGCUUCUCCCACUCAUCCUCGUCAUAGAGGACGGACGUGAGGAGAGGAUGCACCGUCGUCCCCUGGAGACCAAAACCACUCACAUGACAUCCAUUUGCAUCCUUCAAGAAUUUUUGCUUUCUCCUCAGGCAGACCUUCUUGAUGAAGUGACCCUGGAAGGUGACAUCCCGACUUGUCCUGUGAGGAAGCGCCAUGGGGAUGAUGUUGCCCACCCUCUGGGUCUCGUGGAUGACGGCGUCUGUGAAGGGCAGGUUCUUCCUGUCCUCCACCUGGACCUGUCGAUCCCCGAUCACCCUGUUCAGCUCCUCACGGACCUGUUCUGAAAGUUUACAUGCAACUUGGUCAUAACGCUUCCUUUAUGAUGAUUUUACUGACAGCUCCAUCUGCUGGACCUGUUAAGCUAACUCGUGGACGAGUGUCUCGUUACCUUGUAUCUUUGGGUACUUGGCCAUGAGGAGAAGUCCCCAUCUGAGUGUAGUUGCGGUGGUUUCCGUGCCGGCCAGAAACAGGUUUGACACUGUCAUCAUCAGGUUUGGAUUGUGGAAGUGACCCACAUCCCCGGACUCCUGGAACAUCAAAGACAAUCUGUGUUGGUUUCUAAAGCACCAGGCUAUGCGUCAUCUUGCGUUGUGAGACCUCCUGAUGCUGCUGGCGAAUAAGGAAGGUGUCCACUAGGCCUCUGCUGGCGUGCGGGUUGAGCGUCUCCUUCAGGCCCUGGACCAGCUCCAUGGCCUGCUUGCGGUUGGCGGUUCCCAGACUGCGGAGCUCCUCUCUCACUGAGAAGAACCACUUGCCAAACCACGGGAAUAUGUUGUACAACUGUGGAAGAACAACGAUUUGUUUGGAUAAGCUUCUCACAGACAAAAGUCGUACUUAGGCUGUUUGUGAAAUCCAUGGUUCUGUCUUACAACCACUACUAUUUAUUCUUCAAAGGAGAAAUGGCGCAAGAAGACGAACACGCCUUCAAAUUCUGAUGUCUCAGUAAGCAAAUCUUAUUAGGUUACUUAGACUGACCGAGAUGUACAACAGAUGUCCACGUGUGCCCCUCAAGGCCCAAUCUAGGAAGAUUGGACACCGAGGUACCUCUUGACCUGUACCGUUGUGGCCAAAAACUUUUGAGAAUGGCACAAGUGUUGGUUUUCACAAAGUUUGCUGUGUUUUGAGCCCUUCCAGUCCAUCUUCCAAAAGUCUUUGCCUCACUGUGCGUAGAGAUGCACUCACGCCUGCCUGGUACCAUUUCUGAGCAAGCUCUGCACUGGUGGUGGCCCAGUCCCACAGCUACUGUAUAUCAAUUUUCGGAGACAAUCCAAGCGUAAGCUGGACUUUCUUGGGUGCCCUGAAGCCUUACUCACAACAAUUGAACCUCUCUCCUUAAAGUUCUUGAUGAUCUGUUAAAUGGUUGGUGUAGGCGCCAUCCUACUAGCAGCAGCAUCCUUGCCCGUGAUGCCCUUUAUGUGCUAAGCAAUGAUGGCUGCCCCCUGUCCUUGGUUAACAGAGGAAAAACAAAGAUUUCAAGUCUGUUCUUCUCACUUAUGUCAGAUGUCAGUUAUCCCCAGCCUUUGUCCUUGCCAACACGCUCACUUAUGUUAACCAGAGAAUCACUAACAUGAUGUCAGCUGCUCCUUCUGGAGAAAGUGGAAAUGUUUUUUUGGAAUUCAGUUUAUUUUCAUGACAAAGAGCAGUUCAUCUUUUCACUAUUCAGGACAUUCUUGAGUAUGUGCAAAUUGCCAUCAUAACAACUGAGGCAGCACAUUUUGUGAAAAUUUGUUCAUUCAUCCAUCUUCUUCCACUUUAUCCGAGGUUGGCUCACGGGGGCAGCAGCCUAAACCAGGAAGCCCAGACUUCCAUCUCCCCGGCUACUUCAUCUGAGAGAUGUAGUCUCUCCAACGUGCCCCGGGUUCUUCCCAAGGCCUCAGACCAGGAGCCAUCCUGAGCAGAUGCUUGAGUCACCUCACCUGACUCCUCUCAAUGCGGAGGAGCAGCGGUUUUAUUCCGAGUUUCACCCGGAUGACGGUGCUUCUCACCUGAUCUCUAGGGAGAGCCCAGCCACCCGAGAGAGAAAAUUCAUUUCGGCUGCUUGUACCAGCAAUCUUGUCCUUUCGGUCACUACCCAAAGCUCAUGACCAUUAUCAUAAUUAAUAUUUGUGUCUGAAAACUUUUGGCCAUGACUGUACAUGCGUGUUCCCAAACUAUCAAGGGUACAAUGGCAGAAUCUUUGAGCGUACCACCCAAGAAACAAGAUGUUGAUCCUGUCCUCGUAAAAGCGUGUUCCAGGCAACCACACGAGACAAACUGACCUUUCUUCCCUGGAUUUACUUGUUGGGUCAGUGUGGUUGUUGUUUAACUGCUUGUUGUCGUGCCAGGAGAUGUUUAACCUUGACAAGGUUGCAUAAAAAGGAGGACCUGCAUGGUCGGAGCGCCAACUAGCUGGACGCUCCUGUUAGUGCGCUGCACCAUGGCAACAAAGACGGGGUCGUCGUAGCGGAACCUGCUGCCAAACACCAGAGAGCAGAUGAUGUUGGACACGGCGUAGUUGAUGAUCUGGUUGUUGUCGUAGGCGUCCCCUGCGACGAACACACCAGAAGACAUCAGGAAUGGCAACCAAGCGGCUCACAGAGAGGACGCAAAGUUGUGUUGCUGUGGUCGUGUACCUUUUUGGUUGUUGAAGACCUCAAUGAGGUGUUGGCUUUCCUCAAUGAUCUUGUCCUCACACGCCUUCUUGCCCAUUCCAAAGUCUCUCAGGUUGGUGAGGGCGAAGCGUCUCAUCUCCUUCCACGAGUCUCCGUUGCUCCAUAAGAUGCCUCAAGCGAACACACACAGUGUUUAGGACCUGUCGUGUGUGUGUGUGUGUAUGCGUGUGUGUUUUCUUACCGUACUCCAGCUUGGACUCCUUGACGGUUGUCGGAGGUUCUCUCUCUCCAAAGUCUUCGGCGUACGUGACCAGUGCCUCCUUCACCGUCUUGUAGCCGGCCAGGACCACCACCUUCUUGGGCCCCAUGUGGAAGGUGAAGACUGGUCCGUACUUCUUGGACAUCUUGGAAAAUAAAAAUUACAACUACAGUGGAACCUCUAAGGUCAAACAAUUUGACUAAAAUUUUGUAGUUGGAACCACCCUCAUACAUGACAGGUCAACGAGCCAGUCUGAGACUGUUUUUAUUGUUACUUCACUUCUUUUUACACUUUUAUGACACUGAAGAAUGUUAAAAUGUGACUAUUUCUCCUGGAGAUUAGUAAAGUAUAUAUCUAAACGCAUUUAUGAUGACCACUGUUUGACCCUGGAACAGAUUAUUUCUAUUUACAUGAUUUCCUUUGGGGAAAAAGGAUUUUAAAAAGUGAACAACUCAGAGUUCAGAUAGUGGAAUGGACUGUUAGACCUCAGAGGGUGAUCAGCUUCAUGAAUUAAUUAUUAAUAAGAUGAUCGUAUUGAGUUAAUUUCCGUAUUGAUUUCUGCACUUUGUAUGCAUUUAUUUUCAUUAUUAUGUUUAUGUGUAUUGUUAGUUGCAUUGUUCUUUAGCCAUGUUGUUGCAGACCGCAGCAAAACACAGCGUAACACACCGACAGAGCAUAAAGUCGCCACUUUUAUUGAUAAAUCCACCAAACAGAAGCUACACCUGCCGUGGUCUUCAACUUGAGACACACGCAUUCCACACCUUUGGCGGCUUUAGGUCAGUAAAUCUCAGGAGACAUUUGGGGGUUAUUCUGCAAAGCUCUCUUUUAAAGCAGCUGCAUCACCAUGGUAACUUUAGGCUAAACUCAUAACCUGGUCGGGACCAGAUUAUGUCCAGGCUUUCAGCUUAAAAUCAGAUAUGAAAGUGCCGCUGUUUCACUAAUUUGGAGAUUUACUGAGAACCUACGAGGUUACCAAGGGGGACACGGAGAAAAAAAGGAAAAAUAAGAGCAUUCCUUGAUGAUAUUAUGAUAUUAUUAUUAUUAUUAUAUGAUACUAUAUAGAUUUUCAGGCGAGGGAAACACUGCCAUCUAGUGGUCACAACGAGAUUUGAAAAUGUUGCAUGAAAAUACAUCAUGGGAAAAAAUAGUUGUUACAAUGUAUUUAUUUUUUUAAAUGGAUAAGUGUCAAUAUGUCAAAGUUGUGCAAUGUUGAGCGUUGAUGAAUGUAAAGGGUAGACGAGUAUAGUUCGUGUGAUAACCAGUGUUAAUGUUGUUUUGUGUUUUUUCAUGCUGGCAUGUCAGCGGUCCUCGCUCGCUCUAUUGGCGGCGACAGUGUCGCUUUUAGCGGGCAUAUUUUGGGAAUUCCUCAUAAACGCUCCGUGAUUACUUACUCAUCUUGUAUAAAAUACACUGGCUGGGAUAACUUUUUAGAAUGAUACGACGUCAAAACGCCCCCUCUCGUGUGAACGCGCACUGAGCACAAAGCCGAAAACCGGACUGGACAAAGUAAGUUGAUAACCACCGUCGAAGUACCGUUCAAUUCUGUGUGGGGAAUUUAGGUUUUGUUGAGUUGCAUCUUGAGCACAAAGGUGGAGCCACUUUGGCAGAAUACCCUCUCGGCCCCUCUGAGUUUUAACAAUUAAUGUCCUACUAUUUGAAUGCAUGUGACUAUUGACAAAAUGAACUAUUAUGAUAAAAUAAAGUUGGCAUAUUUGUACUGGCAAUCUUCCUGUCUGUUUGGUGUCUACAUCUGAUGCGGCCUUACAGAAAAUGUGUAUUGGUUCUGGGGACCAUUUCCUCCCCACUGGUGUUGUUAAUGUUUUUCCUAUUUAAACUGAAUUGCUAAAUUGACCCGCUCUUGCCACAUUUAUUGUAUAUUAUUACUUUGAUGAAG